GUCAUGCGUGGAUGUGCCAUGUUAGGAGACGUUGACCAUUCCAAAACGAAGAACGAAAGAAAGAGAGAGGAAGAACAAUGAACCGUUAAAAAGGGAAGCAUUCAACAAAGUCGUGGCUGCUCUUUUUCUUUCAACUUUCCUCCUGCAUCUCCAUGUCAAAAACGUCUUCCCAUUUCCUUUCAAUUCUUUUUCCCUAAACCCUUUUCGUCUAACCCCCAGAUUCUCUUUCUAAUCCCAUCAAGCGAUCGAUUGAUUGAUUGUUCCUUUUCUUGAUUGAUCGAUCGAUCGCUUGGUGUUCCCUUUUUCCCCAUUCUCUUUUCUUUCAAAUAUGUCUAAUUUGCAAUCCAAUUUCAAUCAGAAGAUUGAUUAUGUUUUCAAGGUUGUCUUAAUCGGGGAUUCUGCAGUCGGCAAAUCCCAACUCCUUUCUCGUUUUGCUAGGAAUGAGUUCAGUUUGGAUUCCAAGGCCACAAUUGGAGUUGAAUUUCAGACCAAGACGCUUAACAUUGACCAGAAAGCUAUCAAGGCUCAGAUAUGGGAUACUGCUGGACAGGAGAGUGAUGGUUUUCAGGUAUCGUGCAGUGACAAGUGCAUAUUACAGGGGUGCCGUGGGGGCAAUGCUGGUCUAUGACAUGACGAAGCGUCAGUCAUUCGAUCAUAUAGCUAGGUGGUUAGAGGAACUGCGUGGCCAUGCAGACAAGAAUAUCGUUAUCAUGCUUAUAGGAAACAAAUCCGAUCUAGGUUCUCUUCGUGUUGUGCCUACAGAAGACGCAAAAGAGUUUGCUCAAAUGGAGAAUCUGUUUUUUAUGGAAACGUCAGCACUUGAGGCAACUAAUGUAGAGGCAGCAUUCAAUACCAUACUGACAGAAAUUUACCGAGUUAUUAGCAAGAAGGCGCUGGUUGCAAACGAUGAAACUGAUUCUGGAGGAAGCUCAUCACUCCUCAAAGGAACAAAAAUUGUUGUCCCUGGACAAGAGCCUCAAGCUGCAAGCUCUGGUUGUUGCCGGAGUUGACAAAGUAUUCUCCCUUGGUUUCACCAUAUUUUCACAUGAAUUACUCCUUUUUACACUUUACAGCUUACACAAAUACAAAUCCCUCUGCCGCUAGAAGAGCAGAAGAAGAAGAAAGAUAGCAAGUGGUUGAUCUCUAUCUAAUCUUUAAUUUUGGUCUUCAAGAGACUAGUGUAAUUCAUAUACUUUUGAGUUGAUCAUACAAGGUAAAUAGUUCCUCUGCUUUAAGCUUUUUGUUUAGAGGCUUUAUCGUCAACAUAAUCUUCAUUUUGGUUGAGUAAAAUCUUCAUAUUCUCAUC